AUUUGGCGCCUUAUCUCCCUGUAAGACACAGGAAUUCCAGGAACCUCAAUUCCAUGUCCCAUCGUUAAAUUUGCUUCCUUUACUUUCAAAUCCAUGGCUUUAACCCAUAUCUUAAAACCCACUAUUUCUCUUUCCUCAUAUUCUGCUCCCCACUCUUCUUUGCCACCUCUUCCCAUCAAACCUCAGAUCCAGAAACUCCUCUUUACAACUACAAGCCACAAUCUUCCAUACCCAUCUCUCAAACUCUCAAGAAGAUUGUUCCUUCCUUCUGUAUCUGGAAUCUGGGAUGCUUUAACUGGCAACAAUGAUGCACGUGAAGCUGUACUUGCAAUAAGACGUGGGAUGCUCCUCUUUAGACAGGGUGAUGUGUUGGGGUCUUUAGCUGAAUUUGAUAAAGCAAUUGAGUUGGAUCCCAGACAGAAGGCAUAUCUAUGGCAAAGGGGGCUAUCACUAUACUAUCUUGAUAGGUACGAGUUCCAUACUCUUGGUCUUAUUCUGGAUGAUUACUGUGUGAGGGAGUUAUGAAAUCUGCUUUUAAGUUGGGUUGAUGGCUCGCCUGCUCAAUUGAGUUGAGGUUCUUGUCAAGUAUUGAUUGCUUUGCCUCCCCUUUUGUCAGUUUGAAGAAGGUGCGGAGCAGUUCAGAUUAGAUGUUGCUCAGAACCCAAAUGACACAGAGGAGUCAAUAUGGUGCUUUCUCUGUGAGGCUCGGUUAGAUGGAGCUGAAGGGGCAAGGCAGCGCUUUCUUGAGGUAAGUUAACUGUUAACAAGUAGACAAAGCGUUUUUAAAGAACUAUCUGUCACUGUCACUUGCAAUGGGAUGAUUCUGUCACAUAAAGUCAUGAAUGCAGCAUCUUGUUCACGCUGACUUAGACUACCUGCUCUUUUUUCUGAUUGAGCAAAAGCUGAUUAAGUUGUUUAAUUUCCAAGCUCAAUGCAGUACUGGUAGAAGAUGUGGUAUAUUUACAAUAUCCAAGAAGCAUAAUGUUUUUAUUUUCAAGUGGAAUGAUCAAAUAAACUGUUUCUGAGUAAAUUCAGGUUGGUAGAGAUCCAAGACCUGUUAUGAGGGAAGCUUAUUCCAUGUUCAAAGAUGGUGGUGAUCCAGAAAAGGUAUGAAUUAAAUUGACAACUUAAUGGUUCUGGUAGUUGUCAAGUUAACAACUUAAGCCAACGCAUUUAACCUUUGUUGACAUAUUGCAUCGUUACAUGUUCUCUCAUGUUUCCUGUAUGUUCUCACAUGUAUGCAUUAAUAAUAUUGAGAAAUUCACUUGAUUUCGUUUUUUCUUUUCUUUGCUGUUAAUCUCUGUGAAAACAUGCUUACGCAUGAUCCCAUUACCAAAUUGUUGGUUUAUCAGAAAUUUUUAAAUCUCACUUCAAGCCUUUUCACAUAUAAUAUUCUUUCUGGUCUGUAAGUUGAUAUAAUUGAGAUUAUGUUCAUAAAUUUUUUGCACUUUUAAAGAAUUUACUUCAUUUGUGUGAAGAAUUCUAUGUGAGAUAAUUGAUUCUGCGGUAUAGUUUGUUGCUGCAUUUUCAAGUGGCCAGCAGAAUGAGUACUUCUAUGCUUCAUUAUAUGCUGGGCUUUAUUAUGAAUCUGAGAACAAACCAGACAAAGCCAAAGUUCACAUACUUGCUGCAACCCAGUCUCCUUAUGGACAAAGGUCUGAUGACUAUAUGGCUUCUCUUGCCAAGGUCCACUGUCUUUGUCGAAAUUGGAACUCCAAGUGAAAUGUAAGGAAAAUGACAUGGGGGAUUUAUAUAGGUCCAAUUUUUUGGGGCUAUAGUCAAGCCUAUGGCUAUGGAGGAAGAGACUUUGGAAAUGAAUGUUUCUUCAUUCCACCUGUUUACUCCCUUUCUUCCUAUUAAAUUCUUAAUUUUUCAUAAAUUUCUAAUUUGAGCAGAUUAUUCCUCUGCUCUGGACCUUGAACCAAAAGAUGCUACCUAAUACUUAUUUUUUUGGCAUAAAAUGCAUGCAGACAA